CCUAGGGAACCUGAAUCACAGCGUCAGAAGACCCUCAUGUGGUACUCUUCCUGCACUUGUUUUCGGAGACGUAGCCUUGUAGCCAAGGCUGUCCUUGACUAUCCUGCCUCACCCACUCAAGUGCUAUAAUCACAAGCAUGCGCAACUGGGCCAGUGCUCCCAGACUUUUUUUUGGGGGGGGGUCUUUUUGAAGCAGGGUCUCCCUGUAGCUCCAGCUGUCCUGGAACUCACUAUGUAGACCAGGCUGACCUUGAACUCACAGAGAUCGCCUGCCUCUGCCUCCCAAGUGCUGGGACUACAGGCGUGCGCCACCCACCUAGACUUCUUAUGGGGCUUUGGAAUUUCAGUCUUAUUAGGCCACGGCCUAUCAGUGGGUGGAGCCUCGUCCUCGGAAAAACUCGGCAGAGGGAGGGGGGUCUCCUCUCGAAGAUUUUCCGGAACCUUUCGGGCAGAGGCGGAGUCUUCUGCCGAAGGCCAUUCGGAAGGAGGCGGAGCCUAUCUCGCAUCAGGACCAGUCUGACUGCACCUGCAUCCUUAGCUCAGAGCAUCCCUGGAGCAUCGAAGAGGAAAGCGCAGCUGGCAACCAGGGAUCGGACCGUCGCAGAAGUCUGCCAUACACCUUCCCUCUCCCCUCACUGAGAGGUCUACAGCAGCAGCUUCAGUACUGACCAGGGGUUCCCAGAGGUGUCUUACCUUUACGAAAGUAUCAACAGCCUCUGAUUACGACAUGGCCGAGAUCACCAAUAUCCGCCCUAGCUUUGAUGUGUCACCGGUGGUGGCUGGCCUCAUUGGGGCCUCUGUGCUGGUGGUGUGUGUUUCGGUGACUGUCUUUGUCUGGUCGUGCUGCCACCAGCAGGCCGAGAAGAAGCACAAGACCCCACCAUACAAGUUUAUUCACAUGCUGAAAGGUAUCAGCAUCUACCCAGAGACCCUCAGCAACAAGAAGAAAAUCAUCAAAGUUCGGAGAGACAAAGAUGGCCCCGGGAGGGAAGGUGGACGAGGGAACCUGUUGGUAAAUGCGGCAGAGGCUGGCCUGCUGAGCCAAGACAAAGAUCCCAGGGGGCUUAGCUCCACAUCUUGUAUAGACCAGUUACCCAUCAAAAGGGACUAUGGGGAAGAACUGAGGAGUCCCAUGACAAGUCUGACCCCUGGUGAGAGCAAAGCCAACUCCCCAUCGUCCCCAGAAGAGGACGUGAUGCUAGGAUCCCUCACCUUCUCAGUGGACUAUAACUUUCCCAAAAAAGCCCUGGUGGUGACAAUCCAAGAGGCUCAUGGGCUGCCAGUGAUGGAUGACCAGACCCAGGGAUCUGACCCCUACAUCAAAAUGACCAUCCUUCCUGACAAGCGGCACCGAGUGAAGACCCGAGUGCUGCGGAAGACCCUGGAUCCUGUAUUUGACGAGACCUUCACCUUCUACGGCAUCCCAUACAGUCAGCUUCAGGAUCUAGUGCUCCAUUUCCUUGUGCUCAGCUUUGAUCGCUUCUCUCGAGAUGAUGUGAUCGGAGAGGUCAUGGUACCGUUGGCUGGAGUGGACCCCAGUACAGGCAAGGUUCAGCUGACCAGGGAUAUCAUCAAGAGGAAUAUCCAGAAGUGCAUUAGCAGAGGGGAGCUCCAAGUGUCUCUGUCGUACCAGCCUGUGGCACAGAGAAUGACAGUGGUGGUCCUCAAAGCCAGACACUUGCCGAAGAUGGACAUCACCGGUCUCUCAGGUAGGGCCCCAGAUCCUUAUGUCAAGGUGAAUGUCUACUACGGCAGAAAGCGUAUUGCCAAGAAGAAAACCCACGUAAAGAAGUGCACUUUGAACCCAGUCUUCAAUGAGUCCUUCAUCUAUGACAUCCCCUCCGACCUCCUGCCUGACAUCAGCAUUGACUUCCUCGUCAUUGACUUCGAUCGCACUACUAAGAACGAGGUGGUGGGGAGGCUGAUUGUGGGGGCACAUAGUGUCACAACCAGUGGUGCAGAACACUGGCGAGAGGUCUGUGAGAGUCCCCGCAAGCCCAUAGCCAAGUGGCACAGUCUGAGCGAAUACUAAUCCUUUCUCACCUCUAACCCCAAGGCCAGGCUGGGGAGGCACAUGGCGGGGAGAGAUGACAGAGAAGCAGACUCAAAACCUCAUUUUAGUUGUAGAAGAAAAUUUCUUACAAAACAAACCACACAAAGAACAUCCCAUAUGACACAACUGCAGAUCAGUUCUUAGCAAUGAUGACUUUUUUCUCUUUUGCAAGGCACUAGAAAUUCUUUUGUUUUGUUUUUUUAAAUGAGGGGGAAAGAGAAAGACCCCUACAAGUCUAUAUAUAACAAUGUAACCUUUUACUUGCAUGUCUAACACAAACUGAAGAAAUUAGCCUAACCCCCAAUGUCAGGUUGCAGAUUUAAUCCAUGAAAAUUGUGUUUUGUGACGAAUUGUACUUACCGAUUAUCUGAAAUUGGCCUCUUUUUAUUGGGCUUCUCUGGAGAGUUAUUCCCACUCCCUAUCAUUGCAGAAGAAAAUUUUGCUCUUGUAAAACCUUGUGUUUUUAUCACCCCAACCUUUUCUCCUGUUAACCCUCACGUCGCUGCACUUUGUCUGAGUUCAGAGUCUGGAGGUCUGUGAUAAGACAAGAAGCAAAGGUAGGAUGACUGAGGCAGGGCUUGCCAGAGUCAUUGAGAAUGGGAUAUCUGCUGUCAGCCUCCUGCUUAAAGGGGCAGCAGGCAUCUGUGGCUACUGGUAGCCCCAAAUGAUGUGUGGCAGACUUACGAGGUAGAAUGGAUUUACAAAAGGAGCUGAUUUCUAUAGAAGGAGCUUUAGAGACUUCAAGUUCAGCCUCAGGGAAGUACCAGUGAGCACAUGCAGCUGAGCCCAAAUGCCGUUUGCAGGUAGAGGGAUGAGAGAGAAAGCCAGACGUCUCCCACGGCUCCUGCGCCCUUCUGCGGUCAUCAGAGCCAUUUCUUGGUUGAUGGGUUGGCCAUCCCGAGAGGUUUGUAAGAUUACAUCGGCCUUUACUUUUCCAGAAAUGCAGACCAAGGAGAAGCUUUAGAGUCUCCUAAAGCAAUUUAGAUGUUUAAUGUAGUUUUUGCUUCAUAAGGAAACAGGCCCUCAGACAUGAUUCUUUCUCCUCGAAAUUUUCAGUAAUGGCUCUUUAAGAAAAUUAUAAUGGGAAUGAGAAGGAAAAGUGAUACACAUGCUUUCAGAGCAUCAUUUUCCUCAAUACCAAGUCAUAGUGCUGAGAACUGAGAGUUUCCCCGACGUGGUGAAGGGUUGGGAAGCCAGAGCUCCAUCCUCCUCUUGCCAGUGGGCAGGACAGCACAGAGCUUCAGCCUCAUGCUAGAAUUCAAAUGCAGGUCAUUCUUAGUGCAGCCAGGUCUCCAGUGUGGAGACUUCAUAGGGCAAACUUGAGACGUCAGGACAUAUUUUUGACAGUCUGAAGAGGACUUCAAUCAAAUAAGAAAUAGCUUGAAACAGGGCUUGCAGGAUUAGCUGAAAUUGAAGUGUCUACUCCCAUACAAGGUUAUCAGCUUGCUAGCUUGCUUCUGAGAAGGGGGUAGAAAAGGUGAGUCUCCAUGGAGAGAGAGGGUGGUGACGCUGCCUUUGGUGUUCCCUUAGUGCUUGUAGAUUUGAACCCACCCCACCUCCCCCAUCAAUCCUUUUGUUUGCUUCUUUCAGGCAGAUUUGGGGCAAUACAGAGUAGUUCUGUACAGGCACAAAGCCCACUCUCCGCUCUUGCCCUUGUCGGCCUUUAUCCCCCAUAAUCUGACUUGCUGUCUCACCAUCAGUUGGGAUCACACCAAUAGUCUCUGUCCUUUAACCCAUGGGAUGUAAAUAUUGUAUCAUACGUAGAAAAUACUUUUUGUUUUCUAAAAUUGCAUUUUGAGAUAGUUUAAUGAAAACCUGACAGGAACAUUCUAAGCCCCAUUAGGAAAAAAUUUCAAUGGUUCCUCUUCAUCGCCUUAAUGUCUAAAGAUCAGAAAUCGCUGAGCAGCCUGCUUUGUUUCCUUCCCAGAAACAAUGCAAAGCGAUAGGUGGAGUCUGGUCUUUGUCCUGCUGUGUGUGCCUCUGUAGCUCUGAUCGAAGUCUGGGAAAACAGCCUCACCCCACCCCUCUCUUCCCCAUCCCCUUGCAGCUUUAUUCCUUGCAUUCUUUGGGUCUACGGAGCAGCGGGUGGUGAGGUGACAGGGGAGGAACCAGUCGUUCCAUGGCUAGGAGCUGCCUCAGUGUCUUUGCCAGAAAAGGCAAAGGGGUGGAUAGUACGGGAUUCCUCCCUCCUACCUCAGGCCUGAUCAUUGUGCCCUGGACUUGGAUGUCCUAAAGCUUCUUAGCUGACUUUGGCUUUCACAUUGGUUCUUUCCAGAGCUCACUGAUCUGGGGGAGGCAGAAUGCCUCUUCCUUUCAGUUGAAAGACAGGAGAGCCACAUCCUAGCUUUUGCACAAGGCACUUGUGGUUAGGAGUAGGUGAAGGAAGGGUCACUCCAGAUUUUCUAAGAGCCAGUCCUUCUAUGUGGAUUUGAUUCCUUUGGGACUAUGAAGGCUUUUCAGAAUAAUAAACAUCCCCUAUGACUUCCUUCUUUCCAGUUCUCGGCGGAGCACAGCCAUGUGUACGUGUUUAUGGAUGGAUAGUGCUCCCACUAGAAAACCAGAUAGAACUGGUUUGCGGGACAGGAGUGACCUGCUUAGGCGAGGGAAAUGGAAAACUUUUAAUGUGGUCAUGACAGUGGCACUGCCCUCACCAUGGUCCCUCUCCAAAGUGGUCGUCUUUCUUUACCUUGUGUCUUCUCUUGUAAAAAUAAAACUCAAAAAUAAAAGUGUCAAAUUAAAAAAGGAAAAACCUGAAAACGCUAACAUGAACUGUGUGACAUUGCGUAAUGCUGUGACGCUAACCUGCAAUAUGUAAUGCUAUCUUGUAUGUUAAAUUUGUUAAUGCACCACACAAGUGCAAAAUAAAGACUGGUUCACAUUAAA